AUGCCUGAAGAUAGUGUCGAACAGCCGGAAGCCAAAUUACCUACUUGCAAUAUCUGCAACAAGUCCUUUCCCCACAAGAAUUCGCUUCGACAACAUCUUGAACAGGCCAAGCAUGCCUUCACAUCGGAUCCUGGCGAAGAAGUGGCAAAGCGACUCAGAUGCACAAUGUGUACUCGGUCUUUCAAUAAAGAGUAUUGGCUGCGGAAGCAUAUGUGGACCAAGCAUGUCUCGAAGGUUCCGGCUUCUGUUAAACCCGCUGAAGACGCAAAGCCAAGCCCCUCAUCACAAAACCCAGCUGUGGACAGUGAUGUCCCUAUCCAACAAGAGGAUCUGAAGCAGGAGGAUCAAGAUCAAGAUUCUGUGCCGACUGUUUUUAGCUGUCCUGUUUGCAGCAAGACCUUCAAUGGACAAUUCGGACUUGACCAACAUACGGAAGCAAAUCAUAAUUCGAAGCCACAGGAAGGAAGGAUUAAUUGCAAAUUGUGCAGAAAAUCUUUCGUUGAUGGCAGUGCACUUCAGCAACAUCACAGAGACACGCAUAAUCAAAAAGAAAAGACCUCUAAACCUUCGCCACAACGAUUCAAGUGCGAUUUCUGCAAUUCGAUCUUUCACCAUUUCGAUCUACUUGAACAGCAUGUUAUACGCCAUAAUCUUUGGUCGGACGAUGGGCCUGUUGUUAUAUACAAGUGCGACUUUUGCCCGAAGACGUUUUACUCCUAUGAUGAGCUUGAUGAGCAUAUGAGAACCACUUAUCGUUUUAAUUCACCUAAUUCAUGGGAUAGCGAUGGGCAGACUGAUGAGGAGGAAGACUACGAGGAGGACUACGAGGAUAGCGAGGAGAGCGAGGAGGAGAGCGAUGGAGAGGACUACGAUGAGAGCAAUGAGAAUGAAGCUGGGGAAAGCGACGAGGAGAAUAAUGAGGAGAGUGACGAGGAGAACGAUGAAGAGAGCAAUGAGGGCAACGAGGAGAGCGACAAAGAAUCCGUCCCGGAUCUCGUUGAAACAACAGGCAAGACAUCCGGGGAGAAGCUCGCUGCAGAACUUCCUCCACCGCCAUUCAAGUGCCAGGAUUGUGACGAGGCGUUUUACUACACUGCUGCGCUUGGAGAACAUCAGGAAAUGUUCGCUCAUGGCCCUAUGGCAACAAGAGAGAAGAAACCGGAGCCGGUUGCAGAACCCCCUGCACACGAAUUCAAGUGCAGGGACUGCGACGAGGCUUUUCAUCAUUUCAUUAUGCUACUUGAACAUCAAGAGAAGGCCGGGCAUGGUCCUUUGAUGAAGUCAGUCGAGAAGCCAGUCGAGAAGCCAGCCGAAAAGCCAACGAUAGAGGACAAGGCAGGAGAUGCCAGCGUUUCAGUAUACAAAUGCACCGACUGUGGCUGGCUAUAUCGCGAGGUCAACUCGUUCCAGACCCAUUUGGCCUGGAAUCAUGGGCGUCGUUCCACAUACCCCAAUAAACAUCUCACAAAAGUGAGCCCCCAAGAGGCCGAUGCUCCCGCCAAGAAAGUCACGUCAGGAUUCAGAUGCAAGCCAUGCAACGAACCUUUCCGUAACCAGUAUCUACUUGCAACGCACUGGAGGAAAACGCACGAGGACGCCUGGUGGGCAUUAUUCGACAAGUACAACAUCUCGGAUGAAUCCAUCUCGUACUCGGACUUCCAGAACUUUGAUGAUUACAAUGAAGACGACAUGCUGGAUGACCUCAGGCAGAUAAACUCGUGGUCUUCCAAGAAGGAGAACAUGGUCCCCUGCAUCACCUGCUGGAAGAAGUUCAGAACCAGUUCCCAGAUGGUGGAACACGUGGAGAUGCGCGAAUGCCACUCUUAUAUUGCUGCUCACUCUAUCAAAUGGGCUGUUCACAGGAGUGAUCAGAGCGUGGUAUCGGGUUGCUACUCUGAUGGCAAGUUCCAGUGCCCCGAUUGUGAAGCCCGCUUUGACCGCUUGAGUAGCUUGCUUCGUCAUGCGGAGAGAAACGAGUGCCAUGCUGAUGUUGCUCAGGGCCCGAUCAAGGCUUUUAUGAAAGAGAUGAAGUGGCGUAUGAUAGAGGGCGAACUCAUUUAA